GUGCAGCUCCUCAGCUCACAUUGUGGACCACAACUUUCACGACCGCACCUCCCAUGACAGCCUAGGAAAACAACCCCGACGAAGACAAACAAACAGGGAAGCAGAGGGGGAAACAGCGGACUCAGAAGAGCUGAAAGUGGUGGCGGAUUUCACUGUGGCGCACCGUGCGUAAAAGGCGCACCGGCCACCUCGCUGCGCGCUUGACCUCACUUUGAAAUUUGCCUCUUUUGUUUGUUUGUUUUUUGAAGAUACAUUUUCGGAUUUCACUCCAACAAAUAAUGUUGAAAAUGACAGAGGAGCAUGACAAAUGCGACCAGCCGUGCAGCCCAUCGGGCACGAACAGCUCCAUGUCCCAGGACGAGUCCGACUCCGACGCUCCGUCUUCACCGACGGGCUCCGACGGACAAGGAUCGCUGCUCACGGGUUUGGGCAAGAAAAUGGACUCCGAGGAUGAUGACCGGUUCCCGGCUUGCAUACGGGACGCCGUCUCUCAGGUCUUGAAAGGAUACGACUGGUCUCUGGUGCCCAUGCCCGUGAGAGGAAACGGGUCCCUGAAGAAUAAACCUCACGUCAAGAGACCUAUGAAUGCCUUCAUGGUUUGGGCUCAAGCAGCCCGGAGAAAGCUGGCGGAUCAGUAUCCACACCUGCACAACGCCGAGCUGAGCAAGACGCUGGGCAAACUGUGGCGGUAAGGACGCUCUUGAUUUAUUGUAUGAAGAGAAAUGAACGAAGGGGAGUGGGUCCAAGUUCUUGUAGUGAAAAGAAAAGACGGCGAGUGGAUUGAAGGAUUCAUAUUUACUCAGUAUUUGGUACUUUUAAUAAGUCUAAAUCAAGGUUUGAUUGUAAAUGUCAAGAAAAUAGAUAAAAAAUAAAGGAUUAAACUUGACAGUUACUCUUAAAAAACUCAAAUAUAACUUAUCUGACAGUUUCGUCUCUGCUUUCUGUUGAGUUUGACUUCAUUUAAUCUAAUUUUUGUACAUCUGUACUCCUUUAGUUUGCUCUCUGAGAGUGAGAAGAGGCCGUUUGUAGAGGAAGCAGAAAGGCUCCGAGUUCAGCACAAGAAAGACCAUCCAGACUAUAAGUACCAGCCCCGGCGACGAAAGAAUGUGAAACCGGGCCAGAGUGACUCGGAUUCAGGAGCAGAACUGGCACACCACAUGUACAAAGCUGAACCCGGGAUGGGAGGACUUGCAGGGAUCACUGACGGACACCACCACCCUGAACAUGCAGGUAUGUGAUCAAAAAUUCCCUCUUCAUCAGUGAUCUAUCUGCGGGGUGUAAAUAUUUCAUACUGCUGUGAACACUUUUAAAUCGUUUUGCAUCUGCUGUGUUGAACCCUCAUGAUUUAUUCCUUCCAUUUUCUCCUCCAGGGCAGCCCCACGGCCCCCCUACACCACCCACUACUCCCAAAACAGACCUGCACCACGGGGUGAAGCAGGAUCUGAAACACGAGGGCCGCCGCCUGGUCGACAGCAGCAGGCAGAACAUCGACUUCAGCAACGUUGACAUCUCUGAGCUCAGCACUGAUGUCAUCAGCAACAUGGAGACGUUCGACGUGCACGAGUUCGACCAGUACCUCCCGCUCAACGGCCACGCCUCGAGCUCCUCCGCCCUGCCUUCCGACCACAGCCACGGGGCUCCCGCACCUGGUGGCUCUUACGCUCCUUCUUACGGCCACGCGGGCGCGAACGGGUCAGCGUGGAGCCGCAAGAGCGCCAUCUCUUCUUCUCCGUCUGCCGGGGACGUGGGCCAACAUCGGCUUCAUAUUAAAACGGAGCAACUGAGCCCGAGCCACUACAGCGAGCACUCCCACAGGUCCCCCCCACACUCUGACUACGGCUCCUACAGCAGUCAGGCCUGUGUCACCUCCGCCACGUCAGCUUCCUCCUCUUUCUCCAGCUCGCAGUGUGACUAUACUGACAUCCAGAGCUCCAACUAUUACAACCCCUACUCUGGCUACCCCUCCAGCCUCUACCAGUACCCCUACUUCCACUCAUCCAGGCGGCCCUACGGCAGCCCCAUCCUCAACAGCCUGUCCAUGGCUCCUGCCCACAGCCCCACGGCCUCCAGCUGGGACCAGCCCGUCUACACCACGCUGUCACGACCUUAGGAGGACGAAAACAAAGUCAACUCGCACCAGAGACUCAUUCAGAUCGAUGCACUACUAAUGAAGGAAGUAAAGGAGCAGGUGGAGAAAAGUGUGAGACCGUUUGAACGUUAAAGAAACAGAAAAAAAGUGCCUGCUGAUUUUAUACAAAGUUAUAUCCUUGCGAUAAAAAAAAAAAGAAAAACAAAAACACACACUUGUCAGACAUUUUCCACAAAGACAAAUUGUGUUGUUGCCGGUGAGCCAAACUCCUCCAUGAGGAAAUGUCACCUACGCCUACAUCCUGUACAUCCCUGUCUUACCAGUUUCAGCGCACAUGUGUGUGUGCACACUUGAGGUAAAUGUAAAAGGCCUGCCUCUGCGUCAUUGUGUAGGAGAGAGAGAAACGCUUUGGCUCGAUCUUGUCGCCAAGCAGAUGGAGAAGCAGAUACAUCAGAGAAUGUACACGGGACCAAUUGUGUGAAUUUGCAGUCAAAUUUACAUUAAUGGCCGGAGCUGAAUCGCAGCACAUUUGGCCAUUUGCAUCAUGAGUGGAUCAGUCUUAACGAAAAAGGCUCACAUGAAUCUUAAAGUGUCAUUUGGGGCACGAAAAGUCUUAUAUAUAUUUAUGUUCAUGCAUUAUUGGUUUCUUUUUUUUUUUUCGUUCUUGAGUAGAUAAACACAUGUAAUGUGGGUUUGCUUAUUUACAGUACUGUUUGGCUUUUUAAUGAAUUAAGAUAAUGGACGUGAAAAGGACAGCACAAUAAUCCUGAUAUCAUUCCGUUAAAGACCAAGUUCCAGGAACAUCUCCAUUCCAAGCAAAACCGAGCCGGACCAACAGCCUCGCACAGGACAGAACAGGUGUCCGAAGGCUACGCUUGGCAAAUCGCGAUUAGUCAUGAUCUGGGGUUAAAGGAAAUGGGGUAAAACAACACCACACACUCUGAGUGACAUGUCAGCUGGACCUCCUGUAUACGCGGAUAGAUAUAUGUGUGUGUACAUGCAUUUAUGUGUUUGUGUACGUGAGAGAGACGCAUAACCCCGAGAUGAUGAGACGACACUCCAAAUGUUACUCACACUACUUUUCACUUUUACAAAAAAAAAAAGAAAAAAAAAGAAGAAGAAGAGUGUGUCAGGUUCACUGAGAAACAAAGAGUGUGUGUGUGUGUGUGUGAGCGUUUGCCCAUAUUUAUCUCAUCAGCCAUCAAGUGCCAACUCACUGCCGCAGUCUCGCGCAAAACGUUUUUGUGCCUUCUAACGCUUCUCGUCAGUAUUUCAACGGUGAAAUUGAACUAUUAACAAACUCCAGGCAAUCAGAAUCUGCAGUUAACCCGACCGAGUCUUUCUCCUCCGUUUGAUAUCAUUCCUGACAGCCUCGGUUUGUAAAAUGUUCUGUGAGAUGCAGUUUCUAGUCCACAGAGCUGUGUUUUUUUUGUAUAUUAUCCUGGUGUAUCAUUUUUUGAGAAAGGCUGUGAAAAUUAUUGUUGUUCUAUUAACUAGAGUUUCAUUCACACAUGCACAGCUAACCCGUUCGCUGGCCAUUUUUUUUUUUUUUAAAUAAAUAAAUGAGAUACUUUUUCUUGAUAUUUUGUCUUUUGUCGUUCUUAUUCGGAUCACGCAUUGUUGUGUUUCAUGAUCGUAAAAAUCUAUAUUAACUCUAAAAGUACGACCAACUUUGAAGUUAGAGGGUUUAAACUUUUAAAAAAUCGCUUUUUUUACCACUUAAAAUUUAGUCUUGAUCUAAUUAUUGGUCGGCUCUAUUCGAAGAAUGCAUUUGUUUUUUGGCAAAAGCUGCAAAAAUUAAGUAAAAAUCCAGUUUAAUGUGAUUAUUUCUCUGCUGUUUUGAUCAUAAAUGGCUCUAUUAAGUAAUUUUCAGGCAAAAAUGUUGAACAUUUGCAGUCUGCAGCUUCUUCAUUGUGAGGAUUUGCUGUUUUUUGUUGUUCUUCCAUGAGCGGGAAUAAAAGUCUUUAGUUUUUCAUCUGUUGGUG